GAGGGGAAGGCCGGAGGCGGGUGGGGGUUGUAACAUGGCGGCCGCCGCGGGAGAGGGGGAGAGGGUUGGAGCCGGCCUGCCAGCCGCUCCGGACAGCGGGAACGUCUCCCAGAGCCACAGCAGCGCGUCUGGACUCGGGGAGACGGAAGACGAGGACGCCUCGGAGGCCUCGCUCAGCGCCACCGCCGCCGCGUACUCAGCGUACCUGCUGGCCGACCGUAGCCUCUUCAGCGAGCAGAUAGAAAGCUUAGACAGGAGUCUAGAAGAUCUGCUGACCAGAGUGGAUGAAUUUGUGGGAAUGCUGGACAUGAUUCGAAGUGAUUCCUCCCAAGUUGUUAAUGAAAGUAUACCUCAGAUUUACACAAAAGCUACAGAAAUGAGACAGAUAUACAGGAAGAUUGACAAACUAGAGGCUUUUGUGAAGAUGAUUGGAAAUAGUGUAGCUGGACUGGAAGAACGGGUCAUAAAGGCAGAAACAGACCUUGGAGCUUUUCCAAGCACGUUCAAGAAGAUCUUGCACACAAUCAGCAUACCAUCCUUCCUUAAUAAAUCGUCUUCCUCACGUCAACAACAGACCCCCUAUGAACCUCCAGUUCUCUUCAAGACUGAAGAUUACUUUCCAUGUCUUAAUGAAGCACCUUAUUGAUGACACUUGCUUUGAGAUGGAUAUGAAUCAGCCAGAAUAAAGACAGCCAAGUGAACAAAAGAAAUGUUGACCCCAAAAGAGCUGCAUUUCUGAGCGUUAUUGAUGGCAUAUUGCCAUUCUAAUUCUCAUUGUCUUCCUUCAGGCAGUAUUUUCAGGUAAUCUCAGUUUGGGUACGUUAUUUCAAAAGUCUUCCUAAAAUGUAGUUAUAUGUUUUCAGAUGAUAUUGGGAAAGGAACUUCAUACUUUUGCACUGGAUUUUUUUAAUAGGGAAAUAAUAGGAAACAUACUUUUCUAUAUAAAUCUUUUAAUACAUAAAUAUCUGUGCUGCUGCAAGUGUAAAUAAAUAUACCACAAGGA